AUGUCAAUUUUUGGAAAUUCAGGUGGUGGUUUUGGUAAUAAAAGUAUUUUCAAUACAGCCAAAUCAAGCACAGAUGUUGAAGUACAAGAUGCUCCCGAUGACACUUGCAGUGCUCUUAAAUUUAAUCCUUAUGUAGCAGGUAGUCCUACAUUACUAGCAGCGGGAGGUUGGGACAACACUAUUAGAAUAUGGCAAGUAUCGGAAUCUGGUCAAGCUGAAGCAAAAUUAAUGCAAAAUAUUGGUGCACCUGUUUUAGAUAUUAGUUGGUUUGAUGAUAGUAGUAAAUUAUUUAUUGCAAGUGCCGAUAAACAAGCUAGAGUUUGGGAUCUAGCUUCAAAUCAACUAGCUGUAGUUGGAACGCAUGAUGAAGGAGUAUCUACUUGUGAUUGGAUUACUUGUCCAGCUUACUCAUGUUUGAUGACGGGUUCAUGGGAUAAAACUCUUAAAUUUUGGGAUAUGAGACAAAUGGCUACACAAACAUCUUUGGCUACAAUGCAGAUGGGAGCAAAAGUCUACUGCACUGAUCUUUUAUUUCCUGUGGCUGCUGUUGGACUUUCUGACAGAAACAUUAAAAUUUUUAAUAUGGAAGGUGAACCAACUGAGGCUUUAACACAUGAAAGUCUGUUAAGAUACCAAACACGUUGUUUAUCUAUUUUUAAAAAUAAGCAAGGAACUAAUCCAGCUGGAUAUGCUGUUGGAUCGAUAGAAGGAAGGGUUGCAAUUCAAUAUUUGGAUGGAUCUAAUCCAAAAGACAAUUUUACUUUCAAAUGCCAUAGAUCUUCUGAACUAAUAGGUGGACAUCAAGAAAUAUAUCCUGUAAACGAUGUAAAAUUUAAUUACGUUCACGGAACACUUUGUACAGUUGGAGGAGAUGGAAAGUAUUCAUUCUGGGAUAAGGAUUCAAGGACUAAAUUGAAGACAUCGGAUGCUUAUCCAAUGGCUUUUACUAAAUGUGAUAUUCAUGAAAGUGGAUCCAUGAUAGCAUUUGCUUUAGGAUACGAUUGGAGUAAAGGACAUGAAGGAAACAAGCCAGAAAGUGCAGCCAGCAAGAUACUUCUCCAUCCUGUUGAAGAUGAAAUGAAACCAAAAAAGAAAUAA